GCUUUGUCGACCAUAUUGAAUAUUUUUAACAUAAAAAACAAACAAUGGGCUGAAUGUAAAUACUUAAACCAGAAGAAUGGCCGAGAGAUUAAAUCAUGAAGGCGACGAACCUGAAUUGGAAUGGCCAUCCCAAAGACUAAGGCGAGGCAGAUCAUAUCCAGCAUCAGAUAAUGAAACUCCACCAGAUGACUAUACUGACAUAACAAUAUUUCCAGACACUGAAGAAAUAAAUACAUCAAUCGAGCCUUUUCUGAGAGCCAACAAAACUAAAGGACCAUACAGGGAUUUACAACACUAUCUUGAUAUACAUGCAAGACUCAUGAAAGAAGAUUAUGUAGCUCCAAUACGGGAAGGCUUAAAGGAAUACAGAGAUGCUCAAGAGAAUGAAAGGAAACCAAAAGAAAGCGAUCUUAGGUUUUAUUAUGAUGUAAAGCUAGUUACAAUCAAGUGUGAGCCUCAGGGUAUCACCCAUUUUGUAAGUUUCAACAACUCGUCUCUAAAACACGUCGACUGGGAGUUUUCUAUGCGUCUCAUUUUUGGAUCUCUCUUAGUAUUUACUAAAGAUGACUUUGAGACUGUUACGUUCGCUACUGUUGCUAACAAAGAUGUGGCUAAAGUGAAAAGAGGGAUAAUUCAAGUUAUUUUUCAAAACCACCUUGAGGUUGUGUUUACAUCAUCUGAAAACGACACUUACAUUAUGGCAGAAACAACAGCUUUCUUUGAAUCUUACAGACAUGUUCUAGAAGGUCUUAUUGCGAUGAGGACAAUACCUUUCCAAAAGCAUAUCAUUUACUGUAAACGUGAAAUAUCACCUCCAAAAUAUUUGAAUAAAAAUAGUUCCUACAAUUUAAACACUAUCAUGACUGAAACUUAUGAUGAGUUCCCUGUUUCUAUUCUAGCUGAUUCAAAUUGGCCCGACUGCAGUGAAACAGAAUUAAAUGACUUACAGUAUAAGGCUUUGAAACUGGCCCUAACUAAAGAACUUGCAGUUAUUCAAGGACCCCCUGGCACUGGAAAAACAUAUCUUGGCUUAAAAAUAAUGGAUAUUUUAUUAGAAAACAAGUCACAUGUUCGGUGUGAAGGGCCUAUUCUUGUAGUCUGUUACACAAAUCAUGCCAUUGAUCAGUUUUUGGAAGGCGUUUUAGAAUUUUGCACGGAUGGUAUUGUUAGGGUUGGAGGAAGAAGUAAAAGUGAAAAACUAGAAAAGUUUAAUCUGCAAGAGUUGCGUAAGAAGUACUCAUACCAAAAAAAGGAUGAACGUCUUAUAUCAAAAUACAAAAAAAGAAUGAAAUAUAUUAGCACCUUUAUUGAUGAGCUCUGGCAGGAGACAAUACGACUAGAGACGACCAUUCUGAAAGUAGAAGAUCUUAAUGAUGUCAUGAGUCAAGUACAUAAAGAGGCAUUAAAUAACCCAAGUCGCAUUGAAGGUAUUGGCUCUCCAGUGAUAGAAUUUUGGCUGAAAGCUUCUAAUGCAAACAUGGAGAAUCAUUUGUUCAAGAUUUCUAAGCGUCACCUAUGUGAGAUCAUUGCUGAAGGAACUAAGCAAGAGCUAGACACGGGUUUCAAAUACAAAGUAAAGAUGUUAUUUAAAGAGAGAGUUUUAGUGUACCACUUCUGGUUAAACAAAUAUAAAGAGAACUUACAAAGUGAAAUAAACAGUCUUGAGUUGACAGACAACGACCCUGACAACAACGAAGAAUUAGAUACACUUAAACACAGAUCAGAAGAAGCAAGCCGAGAUAUUCUACCUGAUGAUGCGCUGAAACCGUACAUUAGUGAUAAAGUAUAUGAAUCAAUUUGUACGGUUGUUGCAAAGGAAAAUAAAAAACUGGAUGGUGAAAAUAAGUACAUAAGACAAUGGCUUCUAGGCGGUUUUCAGACAGCUCACCGAGUUCUGGACGCUAUUGAACUAUUGAUAAAACAAGAACAAGAAGACAACGCGGCAAGCCAUAUAUCACAGUUGGCUAGUACAAUUGAACGGCGCUGGGUUAUCACAGAUAGUGAUAGUGAGGAAAGUAACUCAGACGACGAUGAUAAUUCCGAUGAUGAAAAUAGCGGUGAUGAGGAUGUUUACCGUUUAAAUAAUAAUAUAAAAAUGCUUGAACUAAGAUUCCGAGAGCACAAAAAUAAAGAAAUCCAAUUGCUUCAACGUGCAAAAAUGCUCGGGAUACUUCUGUCAGAAACAGUUGAAGAAGAAACAGAAGAAAGAGAAGAACAAACAAAAAUCAAUCCUUCUUAUAAGGAAGUUUUUGAACUAUAUAACACAAUAGACCCAUUCUCAAAAUCAGAUGUAGCAAGAGUAACUGAUCUUUGGAAACUUAAACUUAUGGAUCGUUACAAACUUUAUAAGUAUUGGGUUCUAGAAAAAAAAGAUAAGCUUAAAGCACAAUUAUUGCAGUUGACUGAGGAUUAUGAGGACGUUAUAAAAAGAAGAAAAGAAGUUUCAGAGAAAAAAGAUUUUGAGAUCCUUAGACAAUCUAGCGUAAUUGGCAUGACAACAACAGGAGCGGCCAGACACAGGGCAGUCUUACAGAAGGUCGGGUCUCCAAUCAUAAUUGUUGAGGAGGCUGCUGAGGUACUUGAAGCCCAUAUUGUGACAACACUUAACAAUAGAUGUAAACAUCUCAUCUUAAUUGGUGACCAUCAGCAGUUGCGUCCUAAACCCAAAAUGUAUAAGCUUGCUAAGGAUUUUGAUUUGGAAAUUUCACUUUUUGAACGCCUUGUAAAGAAUAGAGUGUCACACGUUACCCUUACAGAACAGCAUCGAAUGAGACCUGAGAUCUCAAGAUUUAUCAAACACAUUUAUCCCCAUUUAGAAGAUCAUGAAUCAGUGCAGAACUAUAAAGAUGUCAGGGGAGUUAAAUCAAACGUUUUCUUCAUACAGCACUCGUAUGAAGAGAGUGCAGUAGAGGACAGUACAAGCAAGUCAAAUGUUCAUGAAGCAAGGUUCCUAACUGCACUGUGUAAAUAUUUUCUGCAGCAAGGAUAUGAAAGUAGACAGAUCACAAUUCUCGCUGCAUACAGUGGCCAGGUAAGAUGCAUUAGAAAUCAAAUGGAACCAGAAGAAAGUCUUUAUGAAUAUGUCAAAGUGACCUCUAUUGAUAACUAUCAAGGAGAAGAAAAUGAUAUCGUUUUACUUUCUUUAGUUCGAAGCAAUCAAGAAAACGAGGUUGGCUUUUUGAAAACUAACAACAGAGUUUGUGUGGCUUUGUCCAGAGCUAAAAUAGGCAUGUUUGCUAUUGGAAAUCUGUCGUUACUUUCUACAAAGAGUGAGCUUUGGAAAUUUAUUUUCGAUCUUGCGCGAGAAAAAACCGUAACAAACUCCAGCUUACAGUUGGUUUGCAUCAAUCACCCAAACCAUGUAAGAACUGUUUCUACUGAAGAAGAUUUUCAAAAAUACGCCCCUGAGGGCGGCUGUGAUAAAAAAUGUGAAGCUAAGCUACCAUGUGGACAUACCUGCCCAAUGAUGUGCCAUGUAAUCAAUAGACAACAUUACAACAUGAAGUCGGAGCGUCUGUGUUUGAGAACCUGCCGUGAGAAGAAAAAGUGCACUAAGCCCUGUCUAAACUCUUAUUAUUGUGUCUGUGAAAUUCCUGUUUUAAAAACAUUGCCGAACUGUGGACAUACGGCUACAGUUCCGUGUUUUGAAGAGGUAGAGAAUAUUAUUUGCUCCGAGACAUGUGAAAAAUUAAUGGAAUGUGGUCACAUCUGCCGUGGUCAGUGUGGAAAAUGUUCAGCUGAAGCACAACAUCAAUCCUGUCUGGAAAAGGUGGAUAAGACUUGGUCUCCUUGUCAGCAUUCAAUGUCUGUAGAGUGUUACAAUGAUAUUACUGUAGAUCCUUGUCCUAAAGAAUGUGAUGCACGUCUUGAAUGUGGCCAUAAAUGUAAAGGUACAUGCGGAGGUUGUCUCUCUGGUAGAGUACACAAGUCUUGUGCUGAAGAGUGUAAAAAAAUUCUUCCCUGUGGUCAUCUUUGUACUGGACCUUGUGGUGGCCAGUGUGUGCCCUGUUCUUCAAGAUGUCUGACUGCAUGUAGGCACGGCCCCUGUAGCAAAACAACCUGUGGAGAGAAAUGUGACACAUGCAUUGAAAACUGUGCCAUGAUCUGUCAGCAUCGUCACUGUACUAUGCGAUGUGUGGAUGAAUGUUUAGAACCUUUGUGUACCAAAAGAUGUAACAAACGUAUAACGUCAUGUAAUCACAAGUGUAUGUCGCUGUGUGGGGAACUGUGUGUAUGUUAUGAUUGUGAAAAAGAUAAUUUUACUCUCAUAGAUGCAAGCAACAAGAAAAAACAUAAGCAGGUAAAAAAAUUAGAAAUGAUCGAAAGGAUGAAAAAAUUCCAAGUAGAUGAUGAUACUAUUCUAAUGAAAAUUCCAGAAUGUGGUCACAUAUUUACCUUAAAACAACUUGACAAAUGGGUUGAAGAUUUUGAGCCUGACACAACUCAUUAUAUUAGCUGUCCUUAUCCUAGCUGUAAAACUCCUAUCCAAAGGAUAGCAAGAUAUGAAGCAAAAAACAAAGAAAGAGCUAUGAGAAGAGAAAACCUAAAAGAAAAUCUUUUAACGUCUGCAUGCACAUCACACGCAGAAAUUGAAAAUCUCAAGUAUUAUAAAUCAUCAUUGAAAACAGUUUGUGCAGUAGAUGAAGGCGAAUUUCUUACUAGAAAAUCUAAUCAAAUUGAUAUCAAUCAUGCCUUGGCCAUAACACUUCAGAUAAAAUUUUCAAAUGUACUUCAAAAGAUUUAUGACAUUCACAAAAAAUUCAAUCCUCAUGAUUUUGGAAUAAAAAAAUGGAAGUUCAUUAUCAGCUCUAUACAAAGAAACGUAACUGAUCAGUUUUAUAGAGAGAUGACCUUAGAGCUCCACAGGUUGCUAUUAUUAGAACAGAUCUACAUCUUGAAUAAAUUUCUGGAAGAUAUCAACUGUAAACCACCAGAGGAAUUAAGGAAGCAAGUCCGCAAUGUUUUAAAGGAGAAACCUAAGCUGACAAGUAAUGACAGACAAAUACAUCAGUCCUUAGCAGAUUCACUCUAUCAACUCUUUGAUCAUCUAGAGCCUGAUGAUAACUAUCUGGCUAAGGUGAGAGAACUCCAAGGAUCCAGCAAUAAAGUGUCUCAAGUUCUGGACAUGCCAAAGAAUGAGGACUUGGAUUCUGUUAUGAAAGACGGUAGCUGAUUGUAGACUGCAAGCUUCUGGUUAUAGAAAAAAGACAGCAUUCCAUAAUGUAGACUGCCAGCUUCUGGUUCAGUGUUUCUUCCAGUCUUUUU